AUGUAUACGAAGGCUCAAUGCGGGUCGAGUAGCUGGUCGUAUCGAUGCAUUCGUGCAGUCACUCGACAAGAAACUUCCAGGUCGUGCCUCAUGUGUACCAUCACGAGACCUAGUGCUCACUCUGCUACACCAGGGACGAAAAGGAUUGCUGGAGUCUUACGAUACGCAACGGAGGUUAUUCAAAAAAAUGAAAAGGCGUUUGAUAGCGUUUGCGGCAGAUAUUGGUGA